AUGGUUGGCCUAGGUCCUCGCGCUCCGCCCUCUAGAAAAGCCGAUGUUCCCAAGGACACCAUGGAGGCGAUCCGGAACAUUGAGGAGCUCUUUACGGUCGACACUGCCAAGCUCAAGGCCAUCACAGAGCACUUCGUCUCCGAGCUUACCAAGGGCCUCACCAAAGAGGGUGGCAGCAUUCCCAUGAACCCUACUUGGGUCAUGUCGUAUCCCGAUGGCAAUGAGACUGGCACCUUCCUCGCCCUCGACAUGGGCGGCACCAACCUGCGCGUCUGCCAAAUCACCCUUACAGAUAAGAGGUCCGAGUUUGACAUUAUCCAGUCCAAGUACAAGAUGCCUGAAGAGCUCAAGACUGGCAAGAGCGAUGAGCUGUGGGAGUACAUUGCCGACUGUCUCCACCAGUUCCUCGAAACCCACCAUGGUGACACCAAGAACAUUGGCACCUUGCCCUUGGGGUUCACCUUUUCUUACCCCGCUACCCAGAACUACAUUGACGCGGGUAUCUUGCAGCGAUGGACCAAGGGCUUUGACAUUGACGGCGUCGAGGGCCAGGAUGUCGUUCCCAUGUUCGAGGCUGCUCUUGCCAAGCGUGGUGUUCCCAUUCAACUGACUGCUCUUAUUAAUGACACCACCGGAACGCUCAUGGCCUCGGCCUAUACUGACCCUACCAUGAAGAUUGGCUGCAUCUUCGGCACCGGCUGCAACGCCGCGUACGUCGAACACUGCGGUUCGAUCCCCAAGCUUGCCGACAUGGGUCUACCUGAUGACAUGGAAAUGGCCAUCAACUGCGAGUGGGGUGCCUUUGACAAUGAGCACAAGAUUCUACCCCGUACCAAGUACGAUGUCAUCAUUGAUGAGGAGUCACCCCGCCCUGGCCAACAGGCGUUUGAGAAAAUGAUUGCAGGUCUCUACCUUGGCGAGAUUUUCCGCCUUGCCCUUGUCGAUCUGCAUAACGAAAAGCACCUCUUUCAGGGACAGGACAUCAACUGUCUGCGCAAGGCCUACAGCCUCGACGCUUCGUUCCUUUCGGCUAUUGAGGAGGAUCCUUUCGAGAACUUACAGGAGACGUUCGACCUGUUUGCAAACAAGUUGCAAAUCAAUGUCACCGGCCCCGAGCUUGAGCUGAUCCGCCGCCUCGCUGAGCUGAUCGGUACCCGCGCCGCCCGUCUCGCUUCCUGCGGUGUCGCUGCCAUUUGCAAGAAGAAGAACUUCAAGACCUGCCACGUCGGUGCCGACGGCUCCGUCUUCAAUAAGUACCCUCACUUCAAGGCUCGUGGAGCGCAGGCCCUGAAGGAGAUUCUUGACUGGCCCGACAAGACUGAUGCCAAAGCCGAGGACCCGGUUGAAAUUCUUGCCGCCGAAGACGGCAGUGGUGUCGGUGCCGCUCUGAUUGCCGCCUUGACCCUGAAGCGUGCGCAGCAGGGCAACCUGGCGGGCAUUCUUCACCCGGAGCGCUUCAAAUAG